GGGUUUGAACGAGUUUCCAAUUAUCUCAGAAAUACAAAUCAUUCUCAUCCAGUCAUACUCACUGCUUCGCCCUCCUUUCUGCCACUCCACCACCACGAUUUCUCCUUUCGAUUUUUGAAGUUCCGAAGCUAAGCCGAAACCGAACCCGACCCCGACCCGAGCUGGUAGCUGAGACUGUCGUCAUUGUGAAAUGGGUAAAUCAACAUCCUCUCUGCUUCUUAUAUGCAAUCGUUUGAUUAUUAGAGUAAGCCUUCCAUUUCGUGCUUUUACUUCUCAUUAUUGUUCUACUAUUAGAGAAAAUGCGAAAACCCCAUGUCAGAAUCGGAAUCAGUUGUUGAAAUCUGUGAGAGAUCACUCCAAAUCUGGAACCUUUAAGAAUCUUGAUCAUGCCUUAGGUCUGUUUGAUACAAUGCUUCAUAUGCACCCUUUGCCUUCCAUUGUCGAUUUUACUCAAUUGUUGGGUGCGGUUGCAAGAAUGAAGCAUUACUCUGUAGUCAUUAAUCUAAUUCAACGAAUGGAAUCAUUCGGAAUCUCGCCCAAUGUUUAUACUCUCACUGUUUUGAUUAAUUGCUACUGCCGUUUGAGACGGGUUGAUUUUGGGUUCUCUGUCUUAGCAACAAUUUUGAAACAUGGUUAUCAACCAAAUCAUAUAACUCUAACCACUCUUGUCAAUGGGCUAUGUCUUCGAGGUAACAUUGCUGGAGCUGUUAGGCUGGUAGAAGAAAUGGAGAAUAAAGGGUAUGAGCCUGAUGCGAUUACUUGUGGAACAAUAGUAAAUGGUCUCUGUAAGAUUGGCCAGACUGGUGUGGCUAUUAGGUUGCUCAGGAAGAUUGAAAAAAGGAAUUUUGCACAAGAUGUGGUGCUGUAUAGCACGAUCAUUGACAGUUUAUGUAAGGAUAAAUUGGUAACUGAAGCUUUGAACCUUUUUUCUGAAAUGAUGAGUAAAGGCAUUCAGCCAAAUGUUGUCACUUACAGUUGCGUAAUUCAAGGACUAUGCAAUUUUGGCCGGUGGAGGGAGGCUUCUACUUUGUUGAAUGAGAUGGAGCAAAGGAAGAUCAUGCCAAAUGUACAAACAUUUAACAUAUUGGUGGACACACAUUGCAAGGAAGGGAUGUUGACUAAGGCAAAAGAAGUUUUUGAAGUGAUGAUUCAAAGAGGCAUUGAGCCUGGCAAAGUCACUUACAAUUCUUUGAUUGAUGGUUAUUGUUUGCAAAACCAAAUGGAUGAGGCAGUUAAGACAUUUAAUAUGAUGGUUGAGAAGGGUUGUUCACCCAAUGUGAUUAGCUAUAACAUAUUGAUCAAUGGAUAUUGCAAAAGUAAAAAAAUUGAUGAGGCAAUGCGUAUCUUUCAUGAAAUGUCCAACAAGGGAGUGAUUCUUGAUGUUGUGACUUACAACACUCUUAUUGAUGGAUUUUUCAAAGUGGAGAGACCCCAGGCUGCACUGGAGCUAUUCAAUACAAUGCAAGCUUGUGGCCAACUUCCAAAUCUCCAAACCUAUGCCAUCUUGUUAGAUGGAUUUUGUAAGAAUAGACGAAUUGCUGAGGCAAUGGCAUUGUUUCAGGAGAUUAAAGGAAAAAAGUUGGACCAACAUAUUGUGUUUUACAACAUCUUGAUUGACAGUAUGUGCAAUGUUGGGGAGCUUACAACUGCAAGAGAAAUCUUUAGUAGUCUUCUUGCAAAAGGAUUGCAACCUGAUGUUCGGACUUAUACUAUAAUGGUCAAAGGGUUUUGCAAAGAGGGGCUAAUUGAUGAAGCGAUUGAGCUGCUUGAGAAAAUGGAAGGCAAUGGUUGUUCACCUAACGAGCAAACAUAUAACACAUUAAUCCAAGGGUUAUUGCAACAUGGUGACACAGCAAAGGCAAUGAAAUAUCUCAAAAUGAUGGUGGACAAGGGAUUUUCAGCAAACGCAACAACUGCUGCCAUGUUUAUUGACUUGCUAUCGUCUAAUCAAGUAGAUGAUAAUAUUCGAGAGCUGCUUCCAAAGUCAGGGUGAAGGUUAUUUAGUUUCUCAAGAUCAAAGACAACUUUUAUAUUUUAACCUAUCACUAGUCAUUAUGUGAGUGGUAUAUUUGCUUUGAGUAAAAUUCUAUACUUCUUACAAGAUGGUAUUUCUUUUCAUUUAUGUGCCCAAGAUUGUUUAUUCCUUUUACUGUUCGAUCUUUUGUUGCAAUUUUCUUGUGCACGCAUGUUGUUGCUAAACAUUUUGACUAGCUAUUGGGUGUAUUAUACUGCCCUCUUAGGUGGAUACUCAAGAGUCCUAGUUUGAGACUAGAUUCAUAGACCUUAUUUCUUGUACUUGUUAGCUAUACUAUGUUCCAACCAUUAUUCAAAGUUUUCCAAUCAUAAAAACUAGUAUUCCAAUUCAAAUAUAGCCUAAAUAUCAAACCUUCAACAGGUAUCCUCCCCUCCCCAAACCAGCCCCAAAAUUCUUAAAUGCUUAGCGAUUAGGUUCUAGACCAAAUUAUAUCUUGAAUCAGUUUUAUUUUUACAAAAGUAAUCCAGUUGUAAUUAGCUGAUCAAAUUUAGUCUUAAAAGACGCCAGGGGUGCUUGCAAGUUAAACUAUUGUUUUAAAACAACUAUGGAUUGAGUUGUCAGUCCUAUGCAAUAUCAAUCAGUUUAAGAUACUUUCUAUUUCAUUGUCAUAUCUUUUAGUUUCCUUUUGUCAAAAUGCUACAUGAAGUUUGUGUCAACCCUUACUAAUUUUGAUUCCUGUCCUGUUUGCACUAACCACUAUUGGAGUGUUACUAGGGGUUCUUGAAACUUUAUUCAUUUGAGGGUACAUAGGAUAAUAUUUUUAAAGUAAGAAUGCCAUCAUUAGUAAUUUUAUUUAUUUUUAUAUCAUACAGCAGUAGCGAAACAAAUAAUAAUUAGUUUGGUGCUUUGGUUGCUUCAUGCCUCCCUCCCUUUGGGAUAAAGCCAUCUCUACAAUGGAGAAAAUUUAUUUUUUUACUUUGUACUAUAAUCAUAUCAACAUAUUGACUAAUGAUUAACGGGACCUGCCAAUGUUAAAGUGCAUGGGAAAUCUUGAAGAUUUUUUUUUUUUUUAGGUAAGAAAGGCUAGAAUUGCCUGGUAGACAUGCCAAUCUGUCCUUAUUCUAGAAAAUGAUAGUAGUAGUAUGAACUAUGAAUUCUUUAGAUAUUUCCUCUUCUGUAGACAAUUGACUGAGGGAGGUUAAAACCAAACCAUGUUUGGGGAUAGUAUUGAGUGAAAAUGGUUAAGGUUGUGGAGGUUCAAUAGUUAAAAAGAAAUCUAUUUUGAUUUUAAUGUGAAAUUUUUGUAUGUCCAUGCUCUUUGUUUUUGCAGGAAGAGCUUAAGAAUACUACUAUUAAAAUGGCUGUACAGAGUAAAGUUCCUACCACCCCUGGGGCAGAGAAACAAACCAAAAGAGAGUUGUUUGAUGCACUAAGGCAGGAACUUGAAGCUCCAGUGCUGGAGAAAGCUUCUAAAUCAAUUUGGGAGCUAAUUUUGGACAGUAAUGGUCUGGGGAAGGAAAUUAGUGAGAUGGUUGAAAAGGUAUUUUCUUGAUUGAGUGGCCGGGAACCUCCAUUGUUUCCCCUGCCAGACGGUGAGACUCAUACUAAUAAAGAAAUUGAGAAUGAAAAAGAAAAAGGAAAAGGAAAAGAAUGGGCUAAUGAAAACAAAGAAAAGGAGAAUUCUCCCUCUUCAUUAAAGAAAAGGAGUUUUAGUGAAUUGAAUGCAGGGGGUGCAUGUGAAGCUGCAAGCAUAUUUGGUGAUCCUCCAACCAUACUAGAAGAUUCUAGUAAAUCACCCAACCAAGUUUGAAGACACGAAUCACUAUGUUGUGCUAAGAGCCUUGUGGCUCAAUGCCUUUACUGUUUUUCUCAAGGAGAACCUGGGUUCAAACAUCACCUCCACCACUUGAAAGUUACAAAAAAGGCCACUAUGCCAAUUCCCAUAUCAUUACUUAUCAACAAGAGUAACUUUGUCAAACGAGCUAUUUAUAACAGAUGUGGGGUGGUGCAAAUAUGGUUAUUUAGUCUUGAUUUUGAUUUGUCAUCAAUUUCUCAAUUCAUUUUAAUGGAAUAAAAUUAACAUUAUUAUGCUA